GAUUUUGAUAUUCAAUAUCUUGACAGAGCACAGAUUGUUAGGUUUAUUUAGAAUGUUCAUAAUAAACAAGUGUCGAAUCAUGUGUAAAUAGAGGCCAAAUCGAUUUGUUAAUGUAUGAUAUAUAGGUCUACGUGUACAUUAUGCUAAAUGAGAGAGAGAGAUUUCCAUAGUAUUGAAGGGGUGUAGAUAUCCAAUUCAUUCCUAUUGUAUUUCAUCAAAUAUUAUCCUUGUUUCCCUUAACCUGUUUGGUAAAUCAGUCAUAUCUAUAUUAUUGAAUAAUGUCCAUGAUUUAUUAUUCAAACACAAAGUCAUCUAUUCUUCUAUCUGUUUGUAAAAUGAUUACCCUUUAGCUACAAUAGACCACGCCAUUGCACUUCCGUUGAUCGACACCAAAUCGAGGCUAUGGAGGAAAAUGGCGACUGCUAUCGAGGGAGAAGUUGUUGAAAUGACAUGUCGUUGUAUUUUGUGAUGUGUAAUCAUCAACAAUCGAGUAGAAUAAACUGAUUUCACACAAAGACACUAUGGCUGGAUUUUACAAUUUGGAAAACCGUGAAGUGAUACGUGUCAAAGUGAAGAAGUGCGAUGGCAUGUUGCAGCCUGAGUAUAAGAAGUUUUCAGUGGAUCCGCAAAUUACGUCAUUUGAGAUGCUGCAGGGAAUACUUGCCAGAGCCUUUGAUAUCAAGGGGGACUUCACAGUGGGUUAUCUUGCGCCUGACUCAGAAGGCCAGGAGGUGUACCUCAGCAUGCUGUCAGACUGGGACAUGGAUGCAGCCUUCCAGUGUGCUUCGGAUCCCUAUCUCAAGCUCAAGGUAGACCUCAAGCCAUUUGAAGAUGGUUUGGACGACUGGGAUGUGAUAGCCCCGGCUGACAUACCACAACAUAAAGUAACCAACAUCUUAGACAAGGCCUCUCUCCUUGGUGCUAUCACUGGAACAAUCACCUCCCAGGUUGGCAAGACCAUGACCACUGUACAGAGAGCCAUGGGCCUCAAGCAGACAGAUGAAGAGUUGUAUCGCCCAAUGAAACCACCAAUGUCUGACAUGGAGUUCCACAACUACCUGGACUCGGGAGGGUUCAUGAUAAAACCGCAGGAGUUUCGACUCAGCAUCUACCAGGGCGGCAUUGAACCUUCGUUGAGACGUGUCACUUGGAGACACUUACUAAACAUAUUUCCAGCUAAUUUAUCAGGCAAGGAACGCUUUGAUUAUCUGAAAGGAAGAGAGCGUGAAUAUUACCGUCUGCGAGAUGAGUGGAAGGAGAGAUUCAGUACAAACACUGCUACUGAGGAGGUGAAGUAUGUGGCAUCAAUGGUGAAAAAAGAUGUGCUACGAACUGAUAGAACACACAAGUUUUAUGCAGGCGGUGAUGAAAAUAAGAACAUUCUGUCUUUAUUUCACAUUCUGGUAACUUAUUCCUUGACACAUCCUGAUGUGUCUUAUUGUCAAGGCAUGAGUGACAUUGCCUCUCCAAUCCUGGUCACUCAGAAGGAUGAGGCGCAGGCUUAUCUAUGUUUUUGUGGUGUGAUGAAGCGGCUCAAGGCAAACUUUUUGCCCAGUGGUGCUACGAUCAUGACAAAGUUCAGUCACCUUGCCCAUCUGCUUCAGCUUCAUGAUCCAGACUACUUCACGUACCUGCAGAACAUUGCAGCUGGUGACCUUUUUUUCUGCUACCGCUGGCUUCUCCUAGAAUUAAAGCGUGAGUUUCCCCUUGAUGAUGCUUUGUACAUGUUGGAGGUAAUGCUGAGUACCCUGCCACCUGACCCACCCCAACAUUCACUCGAACUCACUGAUGAAGGCUUCAACUUUAAGUAUCUUUCCACUUCCCCUUGCUCUCCAUCAUUUUCCUUUCAACAAACUGUCUAUGCCAAGUUGCUAGCCAUGCGACGCCAAGGUUCUUCUAUUAGAAGUAAUGGUGGAAGUGUUCCUAAUGAACUCAUACCAGGAAACUCUGCUAACAACAAUAGUGUUUCAACAUUUGAUGCAUCUCCAAUUGACGAGAGAAAAGAAAUAACUCAAGACUACCCUCGUUUGGAUGAUCCUGAUACCCGUGCAAUGCAACGUCGUUCCACAUCUAUAGACAGACACCUUGAAGACACAGCUGUGACAAAGGAAUCUGGAUCCUGUGAAAAUGAUGAUGGCCAGUGUGCCAGUGGCAGUGUGGACAGCAGCGAACUGAAUGGCAUGAGAGGUGAUCGCGCAGAUGCUUCCUGUGAAUGUGAAGAUGACUUCAAUGCCAGUUCUAAUGACAGUGGUACAGGUGCUACACCAUCAGAUGCCAGUAUUGUGGAAGAUAACUUUACUGAAGUGGAGGGUGUUUCACAGGAUGCUGACAAAGCUGAUGAUGCUGACCAACAGAUGCAAUUCCAUCUUUCAUUAGAGAACAAACCAGAAACUCCAGUAAACAUGGAGAAGCAGACACGCACCUCUUUCUUUGGAAACAUGAAGAAACUGAUAUCAUCGCCAAAGCGAAGACCAGCCAACAUUACAAUCCCUAAGGAAAUAUCUAGUCAUUCAGAAGGUGAAGCCAACAAUAAGAGUGAUGAUAUGCCUUCAGCCAAGGGUGCUGAACAGUCCCAGGGCAGUGAGUCAGGAGAUGGAGAACCAUCAGUGAAUUCUAACAACAUACUCUCAGCCUCAAAAAUUGCUCAGAAGUUGCCACCUCCACAUGAAUUUGGCUGUGGUAACCCAUUCCUCAUGUUCCUGUGUCUAACACUACUCCUGCAACAUCGAAAUCACAUUAUGCGCAAUAAGCUUGACUAUGAGGAAGUAGCCAUGCACUUUGACCGAAUGGUGAGACGUCACAGUGUACAUAAAGUGCUGCAUACUGCUCGUCAGUUGUACUCUGAGUAUCUCCGCACACAGCAGAUGUUGUCAGAGAAGGAUGCCGAUGACUCAGGACUUAGUGUGUGAGGAGAGCCUGAUGGUGGUGUGCCACCCUUCAGCAGCUGUGUAGUUACAUACAAGGCAGAUGCCUCAAGGGCUUUGGAUCAUCAUGGACCAUACAUUCACUAUGUUGGACCAAUACUUAAGCUAUUACAACUUUCACGGGUGAGGACAAUAGCAGUGUCCACAUGUUUUUAUCUAGUCAUCAUAUGAAUAUAUUUGACUGCAGAAAAGUAUUUCUCUAGCAGUAUUGUGCAAAUUAUAAUAGUAUCACAUGCAUGAUCCUUCUUGAAAGGUGAAAUUCUCCACUCAUUCCCUGGCAUUCUCAAAAGUCUCUUGCAUGCAUCAUCAUGUAUCAUGGAUGUGGUUUCUAGUACCAAGAUCAUUUAAUGUCCUUAUAAUGACAAUUCUGAAUAGUUGUAAUGAUAGAAACAAUAUGUUGGGACAGAGAACCAUGUUGCUUGUAGUGCUUGCCUGUUGCACAUAUAGUGUGUCGGGGUCAAAUGUGUCAUCUAUCAUGUUUAUCAUGUUUAUAGCAUAUUGACUGUAAAUACAUUGUUAUGUAUGUAUAUGUAAGAUUAAGUUUGAUCUUCAGUUUUCUGUGAUAUUUUCAAGAAUGAAUGUGUCAUUGAUGGAUCAAUUUUCUAAAGCCAUCAUUACUGUGAUUAACUUAUAUUUACAUUUCUUGAAAAAAAUUAUGUCAGCUUUGAAACCAAAGUUUCAUUACUAUAAGUCAUAAAUGUGCUUUUUCGGCCACGGCUGUGCAGUUGUGGUACUAGCUGGUAAUUGCUCGCAAUCAGGUGCUGGUGGUUGUUGGGAUUUUCUUACUGGGAUGGGCUUAUGGUUGUAGUCUUGUCAAAUAUGUCUGUACAAAAGCAAGAUGCUGUGUCUCCACCAAUUUGACACAAAUUGUACAAGAGGUUAAUGUCAGUAUUACUCAAAGGAAACAGUAGUCUGGUGGCCUGAAAUAUUAUGACUAAUUUUUAAGGUGACUGAAAUGUUCCUUUAAAGGACCAGGCGGUAGUCUGGGGUGAUUAAAUUUGACCCUUGAAAAUGGUAUUUACAUCAGCAUGAUUAGUGCUAAUCAGAUUAUUAGCUCAUUUGUUCUGAAGGGCAUGCUUGGGCCUAUCAUCUUCUGUAUUGUCAUCAAUUUCUCAUCUGCUGAAACAACUAUUUGUAACCACUUGAAUUAAACAGAUUCAUACUGGUCUUAAGUAACAAAAUCAAGUAUAAUUGCAUUAAAGGUUAAGAUUUGCAAUCUUGAUGACAAUUGUUUCUUUAUGUUAUGUCAUGCAUUAUGCAAAUGUCCUGCAACCUUGGCUUUUAGUUCACCUGACCAGAAGGUUGAAGUGAGCUUAUGUAUGGUGUGACGCUGUUUGUCCAUCCGUCUGACAAAUUACAUUCAGAAGUCUCCUCUGAAACCAAAUUAACUAUCAAGCAGAAACAUUGUCCCGAAAUAGUGCCAGUAGAUAUUUCUGACCUUAAACACUGCUGGCGUUAGUGCAUAUAUUCUUAUGGACUAUUCAGUACAUUGUUUUGUAUCAAAACCUCUCUUACUUGUUUUUGGAAAUCCUUUUUUAUCUUUUCAUUAUGACCUGUAUCAUGUUUGUGAUCUAAUUAUUCGACACAAAAAAUCAGGUGAGCUAUAGAGCCUUUACAUCUUGUUUAACAUGACAAAUAUUGGUUACUCUCACCCUUAUCAACCAGCACUGUAGCUAUUGUAUGCAUUAUGAUCCCCUAGUUAUUGCUAAUACAUGAAGAACGUCAACUAAACUGUGCAGUAAACCUUGCCAUAUGCUCUCUAGGAAAUGCAACACUUCCUCCAUAUUUGUGUCAUAUGUGUUGUUUUGCUUAAAUUCCACACCAUUAUCAGAAACUUUUAAUUUUCCUCAGUAUGUGUUAAUUGUAAAUGAGCUACUGUGCCUGUGUAGAAGUGUGGCCAGUUGUGGUUAAAGAGGGAACAAAUCGCUACAUGUAUAUAGACAAAUUGCCACAGGUAUCAGGCUUAAAGGUGCAGGAUCUAAUUUGCAUUUGUUAUUCUAUAUGCAUAUUUUGCAUAUUCUAAACUUAAAUAUUUUUUGUACACAGACAAUUUUGUAUUUAAAAAUCAAGACUGAUGAUGUCUUGUGAAAUAUCUGGUCCCAUUAGGUGCUGUGCAGAGUUGCACCCCUUGGGCACGCCAGAAACCUAUGAUUGUGGGUUCAAAUCCUGAUUCGCCCCGACUAUGUUUCUUGGUUUGUCAGCACCUCAGGCUUUCCUCCAACAUUAAGCUGACACGCCGUGAUAUAACUGCAAUAUUGUUAAAAGCGGCGUUAAACCCAACUCACUCAAUCUAUACUGAACAGCCCACUUGGAAUAUUUUUCCAGAUUGGACUAGAAUUAAUUUUAGGAAACCUGAUUUUGCAUCUUUUGCAGUAAUUUGAUACGUAGUAUGAACUGAAAAGCUCUCUGGAUUAAUGUGCCGUCAGAUGACUCUAACAUACUGUAAACUGAUGGAGCUGAAGUGAUUGAUGAGGAUCCUCGUUUCUAUUCUUGAUAUUAAGUAUUUGUUGCAGGCUGUGCUGUAUUAUAUACCUUCAUCAAAUAAAUAUAAAACCGAA